AUGAGUAAAAAAAUUAAUAGUAAUGAAGAAGAGAAAUCAAUUCGUUUGGUCAACGAAGCUGACGUCGACAGCCUACCGACGUCGGAUGGUGUUUUUGACGCCCCCCAAGGUGCACUUCAAAAAUUGCUCAAAAAAGCUGAAGAAAUUGUAUCGUCCGUCUCUCCAUCCUGGCAAGUUGGCAACGUCGACGAGAAAACUCUUGCGUUGAAGAUUCCUCAUGACCAACCGGCGCUUGGAAACUUGAGGAGAAAUUUCGUCGAUGUCUUGGAAUUCGCUGAAGACCAAUUGGAAAUGAAUCGCGUUCUGGCUGUUUUCGAGAAGUCUCGGGUCAAAGCAACUGAGGGAUUCCCACGUACGCUUCGCUAUGUCGGAUUCCGCCCCUACGCCAUCAACAAUCAUCCAGCUUCGCUUCCAGCCGACAAAUACUUCAUUAUGAGCUACAAAGUCUAA